AUGGAAAGUGAUGCUGCACAGAUGACAGACCAAGUAUCCCAUGUGGAGAGCUCGGAGAUGCCCAGUCCCGAGGAACACGGCGCCCGCGAUCUCAAUGUCCCCCACCUCGUUAUCCGCUUGAUCCAAUGCCAGCACUGUUCGCACCCGCUACAUGCGCCGCUCCGUUUGCCAUGCGGCAACUCUGUGUGUCGCGCGUGCCUCCCACCGGUCAGGCCUCGUAUGGGCAUUACAUAUCCGGUUGCAGAAGGUCGAGAAGAGGGGUUCACAUGUUACUGGGAAGGAACGAACAACUGUGUUGGGGAGCAUUGUGUCGGAGACUGCGGCGUUGAUGUCGUGCUGUGUAAUAUUGUCGGCAUCUUUCAAGAAGAGCUGGCGUGGGAUAUGACAGCAACCGAGUCCCGCGACCAGCAGGAUGAUGCGCGAGUCGUUCGCUGGAAAGUCAAACAGCCGGACACAAAGUCUCCUGAACUGCACAACGCUCAUAUUACCCAGCGUGGCUGGCUACAGGGUCUAUACUUGCUGGCGUGGGAGGGCCGGCUCCCCUACAAUGCGUAUGAUAUCGUAUAUGAGAAUCCGAGUGCAUCUCACGAAGUUGCCGAGCAAGACGGUUCCAUGACGCAAGAUUGCAUUCGCUUCCAGAAACUCAGUGACAGGCUUCGCGCGGAACUGGACUGCCAAGUCUGCUACUCGCUCAUACUUGAUCCUCUGACAACGCCCUGCGGUCAUACUUUCUGUCGCAAAUGCGUCGCACGGGUCCUGGACCACACAGAUCUAUGUCCAAUCUGUCGCCGCAAAGUCGGGAUGCCCGCUGCAAUACAUUCUGAGCCGUUGAACAAUACCCUUGCAUGCCUCAUUGACCACUUCUUUGCGGACCAGGUCACAGCUCGCAGAGCGACUCUCGCAGAAGAAGAACUGGGAGGAGAUCAGGAAAAGAACCUGCCGCUUUUCGUGUGCACAUUGUCUUUCCCAACUAUGCCGACAUUUUUGCAUAUUUUUGAGCCUCGGUAUCGACUCAUGAUCCGCCGUGUCGUUGAUAGUGGAGAUGGUAAGUUCGGCAUGGUCAUGUACAACCGACGUGGCCGAGCACAAAGCGACGAUUUGGGCAGCGUACCGUUCAUGGAAUAUGGAACACUGUUGAUGGUCGAGCGCUAUGAGCUACUUCCCGAUGGGCGCAGUCUCGUGAUUGCAACGGGUGUAUCGCGAUUCAAGGUGCUCGAAGCAGGCGAGUUGGAUGGGUACCAUGUUGCCAGAACAGAGCGUGUAGACGACCUUUCGCUGGCGGAAGAGGAAAGGCUGGAGGCGACUGAGACAGCAGCGUCUGCAAUCCCCGACCCCACGCAAGCCGCAGAUGUCGAACCUCCCUUGGAGUCGAUGUCGACCCAGGAACUUCUCAACCUGACUAGGGAGUUCAUUCGCAAGCAGCGACAAGCAGGGGCACCGUGGCUUCAUCCGCGCGUAAUGCUAGCUUAUGGCCCUGUUCCGACCGAUGCAGCCCGAUUCCCUUGGUGGUUCGCCAGCAUCUUGCCUAUCGCCGAGGAAGAGAAAUACCCGAUUUUAUCUGCAAUUAGUGUACGAGAGCGACUCAAAAUCUCGGCUCGAUGGGCAAGGGAGCUAGAGGCUCGAGAUUGGUAUGCUUUCCCCUUUCAAGUUUGGCGAAAUCAGACAUCUAACGCCGUUCGUCAGGUCCGCCCGCUCGUCACUCAAUUCUGUCUUAUGACUAGCCGUACCUCUCCUCGUCCUCUGCAUCAUUCCGUUGGCAUUCAAUCCGCUGUCGUCGCUUUUGUCAUCAAUGACACCCAAUGUACUCACGUCACUUACGCCAUUUUCCUUUUCGAUAUCCGUGUCCUUCGGAAGCUCGCCUAUGUUCCUGGAAAGCAGCCAGCAGCCACAUGA